AUGACUAUAGAACCCACACCGAAAACAAUCAAGCGAUUGAUUGCUUGCUGCGAUGGAACGUGGAUGGAUGGUGAUAAAGGCUACCAAGAGCCUGGUUUGUUCGAGAAAGAAGGUUCUCUUCAGAUUCCGUCCAACGUCACACGUAUCUCGCGUUGCUUUGAGAAGAGAUGUAGUGAUGGAAAGCUUCAGGUAGUCAACUACGAGUCAGGAGUUGGCACAGGGAGCAAUAUGCUGGAUAGCAUCACUGGAGGUGCUUUUGGUCAAGGUCUUGCAGAGCGUAUGAGAGAAACAUAUUCAUUUAUAUGUUCCAACUAUAUGGAUGGCGAUGAAAUCAUCCUCGUGGGCUUCUCAAGAGGUGCAUUCACAGUCCGUUCAGUGGCCGGUAUGAUAGGCAAUCUAGGUCUACUCACUCGUGAAGGCGUAGAGUUCUUCUAUCCUAUCUUCAAAGACAUGCAGCACUGGAUGGACGAUGACUACGAAGACCCAUUCCCAAACAUUCCCUUUCCUGACAAACCCAAAGGAAAAGAUGCCGCAGACAAGUACAGAGCUCGCUUGGAGCAACUCGGCUAUACUCGCGUGAGACGCGAACAAGGAGACGAGAUCAUCACAAUCAAGGCGGUGUGUGUUUGGGACACUGUUGGUAGUCUUGGAAUUCCCAAGAUUGCCUGCACGUUUAAAUGGCAUGAUACAAAUCUUUCAGAUAGAAUAGAGCAUGCUUUCCAGGCUCUCGCUCUGGACGAGACUCGUUCGCCUUUCCAACCAGCAGUAUGGGAGAGACUCCCUGAAAACAGAUAUACCACGGAUCUGAGGCAGGUCUGGUUCCCUGGUAAUCAUGCUAACAUUGGCGGUGGAUGGGAGGACCAGGGUAUCGCAAAUUGUACACUCGCAUGGAUGAUGGACCAACUGGCCUCUAUCGGUGUCGAAUUUGACCUGCCCUCUUUAGAGCGGUGCUUCUUUCUGAAUGUCAAAUUCUACCACAAAACACCUUCAAAACUAAGCAUCAAGUCAAGAAAGAAGAAAGAGAAGCAAAAGCUUCGUCAAUGGGCAGUAAACCCUAUAUACGAGAACAACCGCCCAAUAAGACCAUGGGGAUUGGGAGCAAUCAACAAGUCACCAGGCUUCCUCUACAAACUCUCUGGCCAAACGAUUCGAACACCAGGUCUAUAUAGACCGACCGACCGCAGGGCAAAAUGCGACAAGUCAAGAUUUCUUCUGGAUACAAAUGAACGAAUACACAGCUCAGUGAGGAUCCGACUUGCGUGUAAAGGACUCGCUUUGGAUGAUGAAUAUGUCUGGGACUGUCCGGCGUUAUUGGAUAACUGGAAACUCAAGCGCACAAGGGAGAAAUAUAACGAUCCGGUACCGCAGUGUCCAGGAUGGUGCCCAGACGCUGCAAAAGAUAACAUGGGCCAUCCUAAUGAGUGGUCAAAGGGGAGAUGGGUAUGGGAGUAUGUUGGCAAGGACAAGAAUGGCCCUGCUGAUAAGAGGCAAAGGGUUAUGGUAGAAGAACCGUUGGGACCAUAUGAGCGAUAUUUACUCAGCUUGUCAGCUGGAACUCCGAACGUUUAUCAUUUUGCAGAUACGGUUGACUUUUAG